GGGCCACUGGGGCGGGCCCUCGCUGCCACGGCGGGACGGGGCGGGGCGGUGUUGCUGUCAUGGCCGCUGCCGCUGGUGCCGCGUCCCCGGCGGACAAGGAGAGAUUCAUCUGCAUUUAUCCAGCUUAUUUGAACAACAAGAAGACAAUAGCAGAAGGAAGAAGGAUACCUAUAGACAAGGCUGUUGAAAAUCCCACAUCUACAGAAAUCCAGGAUGUAUGUGCAGCAGUAGGAUUCAACGUGUUAUUAGAGAAAAACAAGAUGUAUCCCAGAGAGUGGAACAGAGAUGUGCAGUACAGAGGUAGAGUAAGAAUCCAGCUCAAACAAGAUGAUGGCAACCCAUGUUUGCCUCAGUUUCCGACACGUAAAUCAGUGAUGCUGUAUGCUGCAGAAACCAUUCCCAAACUGAAAACAAGAACUCAGAAGAUGGGAGGUAGCGAUCAAAGCCUUCAGCAAGGAGAGGGAGGCAAGAAAGGUAAAGGGAAGAAAAAGAAAUAAAUUGAUAUCUGGAGUCCCUGUUGCUUCGCAUAGUUGUACUUAAAACAAGUGCAGAUGGACACCAUACAGCAACUUGGAAAUGAAGCAAGAAAUGAAGGGGUGAAGCUGAGUAGAACUGCCUGCUUUUCUCGAAAUUGAAAUGCAUGUAACUGCUUUGCAUCUUUGUAACAAUAAAUCUCUUUUCACACAUUA